AGCAGCUUAAAAAACCUUUUAUAUUAGUUCAAAAGGACACCAGUCUAUAAAAAGUAUACUCCAAGCACAUUUGAAUUUGGAUUUGCAUUGUCAGUCAGGCCAGUCAAGGGGACCAUGAAGCUUCUGCAAGCUCUGUGCCCUCUCGUCAUCCUCCUCGCCUGCUCCACGUCCAACGCUUCCGUCCUACAAGACGCGUGCAAGUCCUUCGCCGCUAAGAUCCCGGACACCGGCUACGCCUACUGCAUCAAGUUCUUCCAGGCCGACAGGGGAAGCGCCGGCGCGGACAAGCGUGGCCUCGCCGCCAUCGCCGUGAGGAUCAUGGGGGCAGCCGCCAAGAGCACCGCCAGUCACAUCGCCGCCCUGCGGGCCUCCGAGAAGGACAAGGAGCGGCUGGCGUGCCUCAGCGAUUGCUCCGAGGUGUACGCGCAGGCCGUGGACCAGACCGGCGUGGCGGCGAAGGGCAUCGCCUCGGGCACGCCCCGGGGCCGCGCGGACGCGGUGAUGGCGCUCAGCACGGUGGAGGAUGCCCCCGGCACCUGUGAGCAGGGGUUCCAGGACCUGGGCGUGCGUUCGCCGCUGGCCUCGGAGGACGCCGGGUUCCGGAAGGAUGCGUCCAUCGCGCUGUCUGUAACGGCCGCGUUGUAAGCAAAGGUGUAUAAUCCUUUUCGAUAUAGGUUAAAAAUGAAUACCCUCGGCGGUUUUAUGAGCUUUUGCAAGCUUCGUUGAACUGUUGUGAAUUGUGAUGAUCUCGGGCUUAUUAAGAAAAAACUGCUACGUAUCAAACCAGUACAUCAUUUUUAAAUUCACUACACUUACCAUUUUGCACUGAGCUAA